GUCCUUUCGGCGGCCGGGGCGGGGCCAACAGCGUUGAAAGAAAAGGCGCGAGCGGGGGUGGUGGGUGGAACAACAAAUCGUUCGCGUGAUGGCAGCGGCUGGGCAGGCCCGGGAGCUCCUGGCCCAGCUGGAUGAGGCGCUGGCUUUCGAGGGGCCGACCCGAGAGGAGCUGGAGGCGGAGCUGCCAGCCAAAGUCCUGGUGGAGCAUGCUGUGGAUACACGGAAGAAGCAGAAGUGGAUGUGCAGCCAACUCCAUGUGGUCAAAUUCCUGCUGGAAUUCUUGGACCAGAGGGACUCAGCCCCCUUUGACCAGAAGACCACAGAGGCAGCUGUCCGGAACGAGAUGAUGCAAGCCAAGCAGCAGUGGAAGGAGCUGAAGGCUGGCUACCAGCAGCAGGUGGUAGCCAUCGAGGGGGCAGUGCCCCGUGUGCUGGCUCAGCUGGAGAAGGGCCAGCACCUGGCGCAGCGGCUGAAGGAGGCUCUGGCGCGAUACGAGGCCCAGAGACACGAGGCUGAGAAGAAGGCAAGGGGCGCCCGGGAGAGACGGCAGAAGGAGCAGGAGCAGCUGGAGGAGCGGAAGCAGCAGCUGGAGGAGCAGGCGGCUUUGCUGCGGAGCCGGGUGCAGGCUCAGCGCCAGGAACUGCACCGGCUGCAGGGGGAGCUCCAGAGCCAGGAGUGUGUCGCCAGUGGCUGGAGGGAGAAGGUGGAGAGGACCUCUGCCCUCUGCCAGCUCUUGGAGACCCUCCAAGGGGUCCGGGUGGUCUCAGCCUCUGCUGAUGAAAUCGACGUGGAACUGACGCCCGGCCCCCAGCAGACGACCCCCAAUCCCCAGCCAGCAACCCCCGACCCCCAGCUGCUGAGGUUCACCUUGUGCUGGGCGGAGGAUGGGAGCAUCAGGGUGCAGAGCCACAGUCCCCUCUUCCCACUCCCCAGGCCCUGCGCUGACGUCCGGGGCACCGUCCUGGAGCUGCAGCAGAGCUACGGCCAGCUGGCCCCACUCCUGGCUGAGAUUCAGGCCCUCCAGACCAGGUUCUCCAUCGACUGGCAGCCCCAGGAGCACCAGCUCCGCUUCCUACAGCCCUCAGCCAUCUGGACACUGGCGGUGGAGCCGGGAUACCCGGUGUGGGGGCGUGUCCGACUGCUGGCAGUACAAGGGCAGCGUGGUCCUGGGGACCCCGGGGCCUGGAAGCCCCCACAGGAAACCCCAUCCCUGCGUGACUGGCUGGAAUACUUGAGCACUCUGGACAUCUGAGCACCCCACUGGGCCUCAGAGCCCCUUAUGGGGGGAGGCUGGGACAAUCCCCCCCCCCCACACACACACCGCAGCAGAGAGAUCCUCAGCCUGGAACUGCUCCCUGUGCCUGACCAGCAUGCACCCACUUUUCCGUCUUGGGGGGGGCAGCCCCUGCCUGUGAUGGGAGGGGGAGGUUAAGCAGCCCUGUAAUAAACACACAUUCCUAAA